UGCAACAAUCCAAAUAAUAAUAUCCAUUUGACAUAUAAUUUACUGUCAGGUGAACCAUAAUACACACUGUAACCACCCUUACGUAUUUACACAACACCAUAAUUUCUGCAUGUAAAAGUUGAAAUGCAUCCAUAUAUUGGCUAUGUCAUAUUUACAAUCAGAGUAAGGAUUAUUGCCAAGUAAGGUUUCCACAUAUGAGGAAUUUGCUUUGGGGUUUUGGUGACUGACAAUAAACGCAGUAAGUACAAGAUAAAGCAAAGCACUGCACAUCAGGAAGCAUCAAUCGAAAAAAAUUACAAUAAAAUAUGAAAAAUAUUCUAAAAAUAUAACAAGGAGAUUUAAAACCCAAUUUUGUAAUAAGACAAAUGAUGUGUGAGUGAGGCCUACUGUUGGAAUAUUACACUGCAUGCCCCGGAGUUGUUAUGCUUUUAUUGUGAAAAUACUGACCGGACGUGUUUUAUAGUGUAUUUGGGGAGGGUCGGUGCCCCAAGUCUAGUCUAUAAAAAAAGAUGAUAAUCUGGAAAACAGGCUCAGAAUCACUGGGGCGGCAGUGCGUGGCGUCAUGUCGUGUUGUCGGUGUAGAGAGGGUGAGCGCGCGGCGCAGAGCAGCAUCCUCUACAGCAUCCUGAACAGAGGCUCUCCGUGUCAGCGAACACAGCCCCGCACCGCUGCUGCUCAGCUUUGUGCCUGCGCGUCCAACAGGAGGCUGGUGGCCAUCCGGGCCCCGCAGUUAGUUUUCAGAGCGGCCUCCGAGGUGCUCGUGAAAACUUUCAGGUUUGUGAAAAAUGUUCCGUGUUUUCAGGAUUUGCCCGCGGAGGACCAGCUGCGGCUCGUGCGUAAAAGCUGGGCGCCGCUGCUGGUUUUGGGCAUGGUGCAGGACUCCGUGGACUUUGACACGGUGGAGACGCAGCAGCCCAGUCUGUUACACAGGAUUUUAACGCACAGCAAAGAGCGACAGCAGAGCACUCAGACCGAGAUUCAGGACCCCGGGGUGCCCGUGGGUGACGUGGAGGGGAUCAAAAUGUUUCUGGUCAAGUGCAGAGGACUGGGAAUCAGCGUUAAAGAGUACGCGUUUCUGAAGGGAGCCAUACUCUUCACCCCGGAAGUGACGGAGCUCGAGUGUCGGGAGUACAUCCACGCGCUCCAGAGAGAGGCUGAGCGCGCGCUUUACGAGCACGUGAGGACAGUCCACGUGGGUAACACCGGCCGGUUGAGCAGACUGCGCGCAGUGCUGAACAAGCUGCGGUCCGUGGACCCGGACUCGGUGGCGGGACUUUUCUUCAGACCCGUGACUGGGACGAGCAGCAUAGACGAGCACGUGCUGGCGAUGUUUUAUGAGCUGUAGAAUAAAGUUCCAAAAUAAAGGGAGGUAGUUUGGAAAUGGACGACAGACA